AAUCAGAUUCUACCUUAGCCAUUCUUCCUCCUUCAAUUUUCAUUCUCAUUAUCCUUUGCAUUCUUUUUUUUAACUUAAGCUCAAGAACUUCCUUUUUGUCUACAUACAUAGUGGGGAAAAAGGAAAAAACAACUUAGCACCAUUUUGUGGUUCCACAUUGGCUCAUACACAUUUGUGAGAAAUGGAAACCAUUCACUGGUUUUUAAUGCUAUGGAUUAAUAUGAUUCUACUCUUCAACCAUAACAACAUUGGAAAUGUGGAAGGAAGAUACCACCAUCACACAAAUAAUCAUAAGAGAAAUUCCCCUGUUUCUUCUUCCCCUGUUUCUCCUUCCCCUGUUCCUACUAAGCCCCCUGCUUCUGAUUACUCCCCUGUUCCUUCAACACCUUCCACACCUUACCCCAAUGAUCCUCCUCCUCCAGAGUCUGCUCCGGACGGCAUCUUUGAUUUGAGGUCGUUCGGAGCAGUUGGUGAUGGUUUAGCAGAUGACACAGCAGCAUUCAGGACAGCAUGGAAAGCUGCUUGUGCUGUUGAGUCUGGUAUUGUUCUUGCUCCAGAGAAUUACUCUUUUAAGGUCACUUCAAGUAUUCUCUCAGGUCCAUGCAAACCAGGACUAGUACUCCAAGUGGAUGGUACAUUGAUGGCACCAGAUGGACCGGAUUCAUGGCCGGAAUCCGAUAGCCGAAAUCAAUGGCUUGUGUUUUAUAGACUUGAUCAAAUGUUACUUAAUGGCACAGGAACCAUUGAAGGCAAUGGAGAUAAGUGGUGGGAUCUCCCCUGCAAACCUCACAGAAGUGCAGAUGGAAAAACAACUUCAGGACCAUGUGGAAGUCCUGCUAUGAUGAGGUUCUUCAUGAGCAGCAACUUGAAGGUGAGUGGUCUGAAAAUCCAGAACAGCCCUCAGUUCCACAUGAUUUUCAAUGGCUGCCAAGGAGUACAAAUAGAUAGGCUAUCCAUUUCUUCACCUAAACUCAGCCCCAACACCGAUGGAAUCCAUGUUGAAAACUCUAAGGCUGUUGGAAUAUACAAUACCAUGAUAAGCAAUGGUGAUGACUGCAUUUCAAUUGGACCUGGCACUGCAAACGUGGACAUAGAUGGUGUCACUUGUGGUCCUAGCCAUGGGAUUAGCAUUGGAAGCCUUGGAGUGCACAAUUCUCAAGCAUGUGUGUCCAACUUAACAGUCAAGAACACCAUCAUAAAAGAAUCAGACAAUGGGCUAAGAAUCAAGACAUGGCAAGGUGGGAUGGGAUCAGUGACAGGUUUGAGAUUUGAGAAUAUCCAAAUGGAAAAUGUUAGGAACUGCAUCAUCAUAGACCAAUAUUACUGCUUGUCAAAGGAAUGCCAUAACCAAACUUCAGCUGUUCAUGUGAAUGAUGUGUCCUACAAGAACAUUAAGGGUACCUAUGAUGUUAGGACCCCUCCUAUUCACUUUGCAUGCAGUGACACUGUUGCUUGCACAAACAUAACACUCUCUGAUGUUGAGCUUUUUCCAUAUGAAGGAGAAUUGGUUGAUGACCCUUUUUGUUGGAAUGCUUAUGGGACACAGGAGACUUGGACUAUACCUCCGAUCAAUUGCUUAAGGGAAGGUGACCCUGAGACUGUGGCCGACCCUUCUGCUUUUGAAUGCAGUUAAAUCUCUUUUAGUAACUGUCUCAAGAUAAAGACAUUUUUUUUGUCUUAUCUUUGUUUCAAUCGUCUCAAUAUUUUUAUAUUUUCUAUCUUGAGACAGUUGGUAUUAGAAAUGUUAGUUUGAAUUUUGGUUGGUCAUAGAAGACAUAUAUAUAUAUAUAUACUACAAGUAUAGAAGUCAGAUAGCCAUUACUAUGUGUUGGUGGUUGUGGUUUCCAAUUCCAUAUUAAGAAUUAGGACUCGUCCCCAUUUGGGUGUUCUUAUCCCAUAUUGUGAGAUGAAAUAUAGAAUUGUUAUAGUCCUCUUUUGGGACUCUUCUAUUGUAAUAGCUUGAUUCAACAUUUAUAUAUAUUAUAUGGUUAG